UGCGUCUCAAACUUGAAGCCUAAUUCUUUUAGUUUUACUUCAGACUGAUUGAAAAAUAUCUCCAGAUAAAAUGUAUCUACAAGUCAAAUUUAUUCUAGUUUUUCUCUUAUCAUCCUAUAUUAUUGCUUCAGAACUCGAAUCAGUGAGAAUUCACGUCGGCCUGGAUGCAAAUUCAGCUCAAACAUUCAAGAAAGUUCAAAAUUCCACCCAUUCUGGCAAAAAGUUGGAAUCUUUGCAGGUGAUUCUGAGUGGGAACGCCACAAUUUCAAGCGAAAACAAGACAUUCAAAGUGGGUUUUUUCUCCUUGAAUGACGAAUUUUGGUAUUUCGGGAUUUGGUAUGCUUCAAUCCCGAUUCCCGCGUAUAUCUGGGUUGCAAACCGCGAAAAUCCCAUCAAGAACUUACCGUUAGCAGCUGCGGAGAUCACUGGCGACGGUAAGUUGGCCGUAGUAGACCAAGAUUCAAGGAACAUCGUGUGGGAAUCGAACAAUGUCGAAGAAGGAAGUGAUUUGAGGCUGUUAGAGCAAGGGGAUUUGCUGCUGUUGAGCAGCGACGGCCGGAUUGUGUGGCGGAGCUUCGAUUUUCCGACGGACACGUGGCUUCCCGGUAUGAAUUUGACGGCGGAGCGGCAGCUGACUGCUUGGAGGAGCUCAGUUGAUCCUGCUCCGGGCAGGUAUUCUCUGCGGCUGAAUCCACCUUAUUAUGGUGAACUUGCACUUGUUUAUAGUAGUAAUAAUAAUGAUAUUAGUGUUGGUAUGAACAAUCCUUUUACGUAUUGGACUACUGGAAAUUGGAGUGGAAAUGCAUUUGCUGGUGUGCCUCAAAUGACGAUUCCAUACAUAUAUAAGUUUAACUUCGUAGACCCUUUUACUCCAAUGGCGACAUUCGGGUACACGGAGGUGCCCUUGGAGAGUGGGCUUCCGUUGACGAGGUUCGUCCUUGAUCAUAUGGGGCAGCUGAAGCAGUUUACAUGGUCCCAACAGAGUCAAGUGUGGAACACGUUUUGGUCUCAGCCUGAUAAUAUCUGUAGAGUUUAUGCAUUGUGUGGGAAUUUGGGGCAGUGUAAUGGAAACCCUUUGAGUCCUUGUCAAUGCUUUAAUGGUUUUAGGCCGUUGAGUAGUGUUUCUUGGGGUAAGGAUGAUUUUGCGGGGGGUUGUUUGCGGGAAGAUGAUGCUAGUUGUAGUGGGAAUGAUGAGUUUAAGGAGGUUGGAGGUGUGACCUAUGACAGGACAAUGGUUGUGUCGUUCAGUGGGAGAAGGAGUGAGUGUGAGAGUGCGUGCUUGAAGAAUUGUUCUUGCGUAGGUUUGUAUCAUAAUUCAGAUAGUAACUCGUGCAAGAAUUUGUAUGGUUCGCUUCUGAACUUGCGUAAUUAUACUUCUGAUAAUACAAUGAAGGAUAACGUGUAUGUGAGGGUGGAGUUCAGAGGCGGUGGGAAGAAGAGCAAGGAGACGGCUCUUUUGAUUGGAAUUAUAUGUGGGAUUCUUGUGAUUUUGAGUGUGGGAACCGCACACUUGUACUUGAGAAGGAGAAAGACUAUGAGAAGGAAGGGAGAAGAUGACAGUGGGUUUCAAGUUUCGAAUCUAAGGGUGUUCUCCUAUAAAGAGCUUCAUGCUGCAACUAGGGGUUUCUCGGUGAAGCUAGGUCAUGGAGGGUUCGGAGCAGUUUUUCAAGGUGUGCUGUCGAAUACUGCUGCCGUGGCUGUGAAGAGGUUAGAAAGGCCUGGUGGCGGUGAGAAGGAAUUCAGAGCAGAAGUGUGCACUAUAGGGAACAUUCAGCAUGUUAAUUUGGUGAGGCUAAGAGGAUUUUGUUCUGAAAACUCUCAUCGUCUCUUGGUUUACGACUAUAUGCCAAACGGACCACUUAGCAUGUACCUGAAACACACUAGUCAGAGUCUGAGUUGGGAUGUAAGGUUUAGGAUUGCUGUUGGGACAGCAAGAGGUAUUGCUUAUUUACAUGAAGGGUGUCGAAACUGCAUCAUACAUUGUGAUAUAAAGCCUGAGAACAUCCUAUUAGAUGAAAAUUUCUCAGCUAAGGUGUCGGAUUUUGGGUUGGCUAAGUUGAUUGGCAGAGACUUUAGCAGGGUUCUGGCAACCAUGCGAGGUACAUGGGGGUAUGUUGCACCAGAGUGGAUCUCUGGUGUUGCAAUCACAUCGAAAGCUGAUGUGUAUAGCUAUGGAAUGACAUUAUUAGAGUUGAUAGGUGGCAGGCGCAACGUGGAGGGGCCACCAGGCGGAGAGAAUGAGAAAGAGAAGUGGUUUUUCCCUCCCUGGGCGGCACGCCAGAUUAUUGAAGGAAAUGUUGCAGCAGUCGUUGAUAAGAGGCUUUCCCAUGUGUAUAGCGAGGCAGAGGCAAUGCGUCUUGGCUUAGUUGCCGUUUGGUGCAUACAGGAUGAUGAAUCUACUAGACCUUCGAUGGGGAUGGUAGUGAAAAUGCUGGAAGGUGUGGUGGAGGUGACCGUUCCACCGCCUCCAAAGCUGCUGCAAGCAUUAGUAUCCGGUGAGUCCUUUCAAGGCGUCCUGCCUGAUUCCAGAAGAAGGGUUCCACAGCAGGAUGCUGGCAGUUUUGAUGCUAACACCUCGAUCUCCAUGGACUCGAAAGAUUCCAAAUCGUCCCAAUAAUUUCUCCUUUUUGUGUUAGCAUAGGUUGAGAAUCAACCUACUGAUAACAAUUUGAAGAUGUGCUUAUCAAGGUUCAUUGCUUCACUAGGGCUUAUCCAUUUAUGCUUGAAAGACUCGAUUGUUCUUUCAAUGGUGAAGCAGGGCCGACCCUUUACCACUGGUGUCACAUAGGAUGAACUACAAUCUUCAAGAAGCUGGUGAGACAUGCUGUGAACAUGACGAUGACAACGAUAACUACCGGCAGAUGGAGAGAUGUUAGACUAGUAUUUUGACAAGAAAUAUCAUACCGGAGUAAAAAUAUCAAAGAUAUUUGGGUUACGGAAAAUGCUGGAGGAGUAGCAUUGAACAGGAAUGGCUCACCCUCUUCAAUAUCAACAUCGUCAUGAAAAUGGACUGCAAGCUUGGUUUCAAUAGAAAUCAAGAGACCGUUGUCUGAUUUUCUGAAACUCUCUCUUCUGCCGUCGUGCUUUGCUUGGAGAUCAGGUACUUCAUUCGAGGAUCCUGUGCUGGCAUCAGAUCCCUUUCCAUUUGGGUUGUUUUGCAUAACAGGUUUCCCAUCCUUUUCACCAACAGCAAGCCGAUUAAGAAAGCAGUAGGCGAUUUGUCCAUGUUACUCAACUUCACUCAGUCAGUCAUCAGGAGUUGCCAUUGGAGGAGGAGGGCAAGAUCUGGUUGCUUUCAUUAAUCUCACUUGUUACGACGUUAUAGGUUGCACACAGACGUAAAGAACUAUCGAACUUCAUGCUAGUGCUUGAAGAGAUAAUUAAGAUCCAUCAAUUCAAUAUGUUAGUUGUUCGGAUGUUACUCUUCAUUUUCAUAUCCAAGAAGAGCAAAAAAGCCAAAAGGUUUUGGAGGAAUAGGUUUUCAUUGCUUGAGCGCAUUCCGGCCAAUGUUUGCCACAUCAACAGAUUAGUUGGUCUAACUGAUUGGUCGUGCAUAGAUAUUCUACGCAUGGAUAGAAACACAUUCGGUCGACUAUGUCGUUUAUUGAAGGACCACUGCGGUCUUGUGGCUAAAAAGUUUGUCACCGUUGAAGAACAAGUAGCGAUGUUCUUAGCUGUAUUGUCUCACCAUCAGAAAACUCGGGUGGUUGGUUUCAGCUUCACUCGGUCAUCACAGACCGUUUCUCGCUACAUGCACGUUGUUUUAUAUGCUGUACUAAAGCUCCAUGAGGUUUUGCUGGUGAAACCUGAACCCGUUGAUGAAAAUUGCACCGACGCACGGUGGAAGUGGUUUAAGGGUUGUCUUGGAGCAUUGGACGGAACAUACAUCAACGUUCGUGUUCCGGCAACAGAUCUUCCACGAUAUCUGCAGAGGACUCGAGAAUUUUGAGAGAUGCACUUAGUUGGCCACAUGGUCUCAAAGUACCAAAAGGUCAAUACUAUUUGUGCGACAAUGGGUACGCGAAUAGUGAUGGCUUUAUGACGCCUUACAAAGGAGUGAGAUACCAUUUGAAAGAAUGGGGCCCCGCUUGUGAAGCCCCUCAGACACCCGCGGAAUUGUUCAACAUGCGCCAUACCAAAGCGAGGAACAUCAUUGGGCGAGCCUUUGCUGUGAUGAAAAUGCGUUGGGGAAUUCUACGCAGUGCAAGCUUUUAUCCGAUAGAUGUGCAAACAAGCCUUAUCAUUGCUUGUUUUUUGCUCCACAAUUUCAUAUGUGGGCAAAUGGAGGUGGAUCCUCUUGAGGUGCAGAUUGAUAGUCAAAGAGAUGAUGGGAGUCAAUCUGAUGCUGAUGAUGAUGGAGUGGCUUUCAUAUAGAGCAUUGAACCUACCACCGCAUGGUCUAAGAAGAGAGACGACUUAGCAGCUGAAAUGUGGCUUGAUUUCAAUACGUAGUUUGUUGGUAACACUGUACUUGUUUGGAGCUUGUAUUAUUUUGGAUUAUCAUAAGUUGUGACUUUUUUUUUAUCUAAAUGUGAAACUUAAUCCCAUUUUCUCACUA